CUUUCUCGGAGGUCCGCUCAGCAGGAGCGGAGCAGACGAGAAACCAUGGAGCGCAACAAGACGCGUCGGAGAGACUCAGCAAGCGGGCGGGAAACGUGCCAGCCUCAGAGCAUUUUCUAGAUCCAUUUCGGCGUCAGUGGGCAGGUUAGGGGACGUCAGCGGGUGGACGCUGAGUUCUGUGCAAGCGUGCGUAAAAGUGACUGGAGAGGGGCCGGUAGAGAAAAACAGUCUUGGAAUCACCGUCAGCUCCCAAAGAAUAAAGCGCGGCCGGGAAGGAGUGGAGAUACAAGGAGCCUGGCGUGGAGACACUUCAUAGUGACGCCGUGUGUUGUGUUUUCAAUCAUGUUUAAGGAAAAGGCACGGCUGCGCGCUGCGUAAAGUCACAUAGCGGGGGUCCCAUGUCGGUAAAAGGAGCGGCUACUUUUCUUUAAGGGAUCUGCCAACAUAGCAGAGAGUUCUACAAAGAAACAAGCACUGGACCUAAAGUGAGAACGAGUCACUGAGAACUUCAGAAUCAUGGUGAAGUUUCAGAAUUCGGACCUGUGGAUCGCCUGGAUGGUUAUUUUCUGCAUGGAGGGUUCCCGGUUUGAUCUGCAAACAGGAAAAGUGUGUGUCCAGGCCCUGGAAGUGACCGUGUCCCAGAGCAGCAUCCAGGUGGCUCGGGGCCAGGCGGCCAUCCUACCCUGCUCCUUUACCACCAGCGCUGCCCUCACCAACCUCAACAUAAUCUGGAUGGUGAUUCCGCUGUCCAACGCUAACCAGCCAGAGCAGUCAAAGCAGGUGAUAAUUUACCAGAAUGGCCAGGUGUUCACCCUCCCAAACCAUCUGAAGGGUCGAGUGGGCUUCGUGGCCACCAUGCCAAGCACAAGUGCCUCCAUCUUCAUCAACAACACCCAGCUGUCUGACACUGGGACGUACCAGUGCCUGGUGAACAACUUUCCCGACGGAGGGGGCCGUAACAUCGGCGUCAUUGGGCUCACGGUGUUGGUGCCCCCCUCGGUGCCAGCAUGUCGAAUCCAGGGAACGCUGGAUGUAGGCAGCGACAUCAUGCUGUUCUGCAGCUCAGAGGAAGGCAUUCCCACACCGUCUUACUCCUGGGAGAAGCUCGACGCGCUGCCCAAGCUGCCACACAACGCCAUGCAAGACCAGAUGCAGGGCACUGUCACCCUGAGAAAUAUCAGCACCAGCACCUCUGGGCUCUACCAGUGCACCUCCAGCAAUGCCAUUGGCAAGAGCACGUGCGUGCUAAACCUGGAGGUUGUAGCGCCCCAGCCCCAGAGUGUAGGUCUGAUUGCAGGGACCAUUGCUACAGGAAUCCUGGCGGUCGUCAUCUGCUCGCUGCUGGUGGUGGUCACACUGUUCUACUGGAAGAACAAGAACAAAUAUGAAGAAGAGGAGAUUCCGAACGAGAUCAGAGAAGAUGACUUGCCUCCCAAGCGGUCUUCAUCGGUGAAGGCCUUCCACGCAGACGCCUCGUCCUCGGAGAACGACACGUUGACCUCUACAAACACGUACAACAGUCGCUACUGGCACAACCCUAAGACCAACUACGACACCAACUCCUACACGCGCUACAACGGAGACACCCGUCAGACCUUCACAGCUGCUGCUGCUGCCGCCGCUGCCGCUGCGCAUGGACCCCACGGAGCCCACAGUCACGGGCAAGCUCAGAACGCUACACAGGGCCGCGAAACAGCGGUCUCGGCUCCAGGCUCCGCCCCUCUGUCCCGCCACCCGCCGCCGACCACGGCAACGACCACGGCAACGUCGUUCGCCAACGGCGGCCACAUGCUCGCACCGGCCAAGACUCUGGUGGUCACAACGAACUCCGCCCCGUCCCCUCCCGCCAUGGUGCGCAGCAACGGCACCGUGAGCCUCAAACCCGCGGUGACGUCGGCACACGGCCACCACACGCACUCGUACGCGGUCAGCCAGGCCACGCUGGAGCGCAUGGGAGCGGUGCCGGUCAUGGUGCCUGCGCAGAGCAGAGCAGGUUCGCUCGUUUAAAAACCCGACGCGAGACUCUCUGCCGUAACAAGACUAAACGAGUGUUUGGUCGGGAUGUUUGAGACGCGAUGAAUAACAGACUGACUAUGGGCUGAAGCAGCCCGCGACCCUUUACAGUUGUGUCUUUCAGUAAGACUUUUUUUUUCUUAAUCACAAACAGAAAGAGGACAAAUUGCUUGGGUUUUACAGUGCAGAGUUCAUUUGAUGCCAAUUCUUUGAUGGACAUGAUGCUACUUUUUUUCAAAUUAUUUUGUUUUUGUCUUCGUUUAUUUGGAUGGAUUUCUAUUGGUGAGCACAGUGGGAUUGAUUUUACAAGGCUGGACUUCUAAAUCCUAAACAAACCCAAGAUCCCAGAUCUCCUUCAGGGCUGGAUGAUUUGUUACGAUUGGGUGUUUUGUUCUGUUUGGUCAUUUUUUUUUUUUUUUUUUUUGGACCCAAACCCGACAUGGUUAUCUCAGCGUGUCAGUUUGCAUGGUCAAACAGAGGCAGGCUUUGAAUCCCACAUUGUAAUGCAUGUGUCCUUUGAGUUAGUCAGCUUUAUUUCUUAUCAUUUCUUCUCACCCUUUAGUUUUGAAUGACAUCAAUGCUAAAAGUGCUAAAAGUGAAUGUUGAAAGAAAGUACUUAGAGUUCCCCUGAAUCAUAAAAAAUGCAAAGAAUGAAAUGAUAGUUGAAAUGGCCUUAGAAGCUUGGAGUGGAUGGGUGGGUGUAGGGGGUAUUUGGUGCAAUAAGCCGCAUAGUUAGACGUCAGUGGAUGCAGACACAGUUAUUUAAAUGCACUUUUAGAGCAAAAUUAUAUCAAAAGCUUUGUCUUAUGAAGAAAUAGUCUUAUUCAUGAUAUGCUUUAUAAUCAAAACUACAUCUCAUUCAAACUUUGAGUACAGUUUCAAGUUGGCGAAGGCGCUGGGUCGUCAAAUAAAAGCAAGAAGAGACCACCCUCCUGAUCUAAACUCUGACUUUGCUGCUCAAUGUAGUCUUUGCUGUCACCAUCCUUAGCUGUAGAAUCUCUGACUCACACCACGACAGUGCUGCUUUAAGAUGGAAAAAAAGAUGUCUUAUUUCAUACAUGAUUUAUAAGGAAGCACGGAGAUUUUAUACGGUAUUUUUUCUCAACUGAAACUCACACCUAAUGUUUUCUACUGUAAAUACUAAAACAGUAGGCUAGAUUGUGAAUCGAAAAUCAUUUUGUCUCCUGACACUUCGUACCUGUCCUAGUGUUCAAAGUGUGUUUUUAUUUUGCUUUAACAGAAGACUAUCUUUGAUUCUGCCUCACAGUGUUAUUUCAUACAAAUGUCUUUAUCUAAUACGAUGAAUUUCUACGCCUGUGGCCACAUGCAGGCUGUAUAAACCACUGAGACCCCUGUGUGGUGGGCCUGCGGGACUGACCUUCUGCAGUUGUGUUUAAUUCAGUCUCCCAGGCGGAAGAAGAAUCCAGAGUGUUUCCGGAUCUGAUCAUUCUCAUUUCUUUUUGUGCGCUUUAAUUUCUAAUAAUUAAUUUUGGCUAGGCGCCGUGUUUUACAAAGCAGCAUUUGUUUUGAAAUUCUAUAUGAAAUUGACUUGAAAUAAAUUACUCCACUUCCUUCAAAAUGUUACGCCUUUUAAUGAGGAAAUAGGCUUGAUGGCUGUUUAACUGUAUUUUAAAGACUGCAAUAAAGCUAAACACACUGCUUUUUAAUUCUA